UGACUCCUUGUCUACAUUUAGCUUAGAGAGGGACAUACAUACCCUGGAAAGUGUGGGUGAGACGUACAUAGCACUGUUGGACCUGAAGGCAGAUGGCCCUUCUUCAAGCCAAUAAGGAUCUCAUUUCCAAAGGAAUGAAGGAAUUUAAUAUUCUGCUGGAUCAGCAGGUCUUUCCUAAUCCUUCUAUCCCUGAAGAAGCCAUGGUGACUAUAGUGGAUGACUGGGUGAACUUCUACAUCAACUAUUACAGGACACAGGUGGUGGGGGAGCAGCAAGAGCAGGAAAGGGCUCUACAGGAACUUCAGCAAGAGCUAAAUACUCUGUCUGCCCCUUUCCUGGCCAAAUAUAGGGCCUUCCUGAAGUCCUUGUGAACAUCUGAAUCACCCACUGCCUUCUUUCUAGCCUGGAAAUCCAGGCCUACAUCCAUAAGAAGCCCUUAUAUCCUUCCUCUGUGUUCUUCAAGUGCUCAGGCUCUGACAUUUCAUGGUGUUACUCUACCUUGACACUUUAAUAAAGACUAAAUUGGUUUGCUGGUCUUCCUAGCUAUUCUGUUCUUUUUCAGUUGUCCAUCCCUGAUUUGUGUAAGCAGUUGGUUCCUUUUCCUUUAGCUCUGCUUUCUAGAUAUGAUCCUGGAUACUUAAUUCCUUAGAGCAGAGGAUAGUAGCCUUAAGUAACCACUGG